AUGCCCAGCCCCAGCUCAGGAUCACUGCUCUCCCAGGGCCUGGAUGCCGGAGCUCCAGGUGUGUCCCCAGCCCCAAGCUCCCUGAUCAAGCAUGAGCUCCAGAUAAAAGCCCCCAUCAUGCCAGAGCAGCCACACAGGGGCUGCUGCGUCACUGGCUGCUGGCAGUUGCCAGGGAAGAGGACCCGCUUUGACCGUUCAGGGGAUGUGAUAAUCGGGGGCAGCUUCUCCAUCUUUUACUUCAAUGACACCCUGUUUGAUUUCACUGUGCCUCCUGCCACCUGGGUGUCUUCAAGUGUCUCCCCAUGGGGCUAUUGGGUGGCCCAGGGGUUCGUAUUUGCCAUGGAGGAGAUCAACAGGGAUGCCCGGCUGCUGCCCAAUCUCACACUGGGCUUCUCCAUCUGGAACUCAGGGAACUCGGUACCUGGCGCCCUCCACGAGGCCAUGAGCUUCCUCAUGGGGCAAGAGGAGCCCAUUCUCAACUACAUGUGUGGGCUCAGCCUGCCUCGGGCUGCUGUGGUGGGAGACACACGAUCAGCCGUGUCCAUGCCCAUGGCCCAGCUUCUGGGGCGCUACAGAUUUCCCCAGGUCAGUUACUCGUCCACCCUGCCAGCCUCAGACAAGACCCAGUUCCCAUCCUUCCUUUGGACCCUGCCCAGCGACCUCACAUCCUCUCAGGCACUGGCCCAGCUGGUGCUCCACUUCCAGUGGUCCUGGGUGGGUGUUCUGGCGCAGGAUGACGACUUUGGGCAGCAGAGCAGUUCCCUGGUGCUCGGGGCACUGGGCCAGGCAGGAGUCUGCAUCGAGUUCCAUCACCAUAUCCCCUCCCGGCUGUCUCCGAAGAAGAUCAAAGCCAUUAUCCCACAGAUGGAGAACUGCACCGCCACCAUCACCCUGGUCUUCCUCAACAACUUGAACUUCCAGUUCAUCCUGCAGGGCCUGCUGGGCCGUGGCAUCCUGGGCCAGGUCUGGGUCAGCCAGGACACCCUGCAUGUGGCGCUGGCCCUGACCGUGCCGGGCGUGUCUCAGGUACUACAGGGCUCCUUCAGCCUUCUUCAGCACAGCAGCCAUGUGCCCAGCUUCCCCGAGUUCCUCUCUCACUUGCGCCCCACCAGGACCCCUGAAGACAUGUUCAUGAAGAAGUUCUGAGAGGUCACCUUCAAGUGCACGUGGCCUCACAGCAGCCCAGUGCUGGCAGGGAACAGCACAGCAGUGAGAAGAGUCCGGCUCUGCUCAGGUGAUGAGAGCCUGAGAGACAGAGAGUUUCCUUUCCAGGAAGUGAGUAAGGUAGACAUUGCAUACACAGUAGUCUACUGCAUUGCUCAUGCCCUGCAGGACCUGGCAGCCGAAUUUGGGGAUGAGGUGUGUGCAGACACACUGCACUUCCAGCCCUGGCAGCUUCUUCAUCCCCUCAGGAAGUUGCGUUUCAAGACCCCUGAUGGGAGCAAGAUCAUGUUUGAUGCCAAUGGAGAUUUAGUUACAGAAUUUGACAUUCUCCAUGCGCAGAAGACUGCCCAGGGCCAAUUUGAUUUUGUCCACCUAGACUUGAUCCAACCGGAAGCCUCUCGGGGGAACAGAAUGACUGUCCACUUGAUGAAGAAGGAGCUCCAGGUUCCCAGCUCUGUCUGCAGCAGGAGCUGUGCUCCAGGAUUCAGCCAGAUCCCCCAAAUGGGAUUCCCUCACUGUUGUUUUGAGUGCAGCCCCUGCCCUGAGGGACAGUUUGCAGACCAAAUAGACAUGAAGACGUGUCUUCUGUGCCCAGAGGAGCAGUACUCAAGCCAUGCCAGAGACCACUGCCUGCCCAGGACAGCUACCUUCCUGGCCUUUGACGAGCCCCUGGGACUCACCCUGGCCUUGGUGGCACUCAUGCUGGCUGGACUGACGGUGCUGGUCUUUGGGAUAUUCCUGAAACACCGAGACACACCCGUGGUCAGGGCCAACAACAGAGCUCUCAGCUAUACACUCCUCACCUCCCUGACCCUCUGCGCUCUCUGUCCCUUGCUCUUCCUUGGCCGUCCCACCAUUGCCACUUGCCUCCUGCGCCAGACCACCUUUGCUGUUUUGUUCACUGUGGCUGUCUCCUCUGUCCUGGCCAAGACCCUCACUGUAGUCCUGGCCUUCAGGGUCACCAGACCAGGAGACAGAAUCCGGGUGUGCCUGGGACCCAGCACCUCUGCCUCAGUGGUUCUCCUUGCCUCCUUGCUGCAGGUUGUUCUUUGUGGAGUCUGGCUGGGCACCUCCCCACCAGUCCCAGACAGGGAUACGGCCUCAGAGCCCAGUCAUGUUGUCAUCCAGUGCCAGGAGGGCUCUGGGGUUGCUUUCUCCUGUGUGCUGGGCUACCUGGGCCUCUUGGUUGGGGACAUCCUGACUGUGGCCUUCCUGGCCAGGGGUCUGCCUGAUGCCUUCAAUGAGACCAAGUUCCUCACUUUCAGCAUGCUGCUCUUCUGCAGUGUUUGGACAACCUUUCUGCCACUGUAUCACAGUGCCCGGGGCAAGUCCACUGUGGCUGUGGAGAUCUUCUCUAUCCUGGCCUCCACUGCAGGGCUGCUGGGUGGCAUCUUCUUACCCAAGUGCUACAUCAUCCUCCUAAGACCAGAGCAGAAUACCACAGACUGGUUAAGGCGAGGACGCCGGGCUCAGUGGGUAAGGCAGAGCACAGAGCUCUGGAGCACAAAUCUCUGUAGGCCUGUGCCACAAAGCCUCAGCAGCCAAUCUGUUUCUUCCAAGUUAAAAGAGACUUGA